UAAAGUAGAAGAAUCGACCUACCGUGAGGAAUGGAAAUUUGCGAAGAUAUUUGCGUCAAUCGAGAACGUAUUAUGAACUGACCGUUGGUGAAAUAAUAAAAAUCUGUUUUACAAGAAAAUCAUUAGAUGUGAUUAAACUGAAAAUAUAUAUAUUAAACUCAUUAAAAACGCGUUUAGAUUCCGGAAAACACCAUAAGGUUAUUAAAUAUAGAGGAGUGGCGGGUUUCGUCUAAUAUUCUUGUGUAUGCAUGUGUAUGUGAAAAGUGUAACAUAACCCUACAAAGAGAGAUGCAUAAAUUGCGGCUAUAUAAUAUGGAAUUGAAAUGCUGUUGAUGAAAUAUGUACAGUUGCAAUAAGGUGAAGUGCGUGUGUUUUUAAAUUAACUUCGAUUGUUUAGAAAUAAAGUGAUCCAAUACAAAAUUCCGGUACGAGGCAGAGGUGAUCAAAGUAAUAAUGAUGUAUGAUCAAUAAACCAGCAAAAAAAACGGCGCAACCUUUGUAAACCACCACAAAUGACGGAAUAAGAAAACAAAAACGCGAAUUUUUAGAAUUUUCUAUGACCUAAACCUGGGCAUCGGUUGGACACCAAUCGUGAAUUUAUCAAUUUACAGGUUCAAGGGCACAACUUAAAUCUUAAAUCAUGCGGGUGGUUGCAAUGGUUAGCGGUGGCAAAGACAGCUGCUACAAUAUGAUGCAGUGCGUCGCUGAGGGACACGAGAUCGUUGCGCUCGCAAACCUUCACCCAAAAGAUCGCGAUGAACUUGAUAGCUUUAUGUACCAGACCGUCGGGCACAUGGGCAUUGAGAGCUUGGCGAAGGCGAUGGGCUUGCCACUUUACAGGCGAGAAACUAAGGGCAAAAGUACACAAACUGGGAAACAUUACGUGCCUACUGACAAUGAUGAGGUUGAGGAUUUGUACAGUCUUUUGGAAUUGUGUAAGAAUGAAUUACAAGUUGAUGCAGUUGCUGUGGGUGCCAUUCUCUCCGACUAUCAGAGAGUACGUGUCGAAAAUGUUUGUAGUCGCCUAAAUUUGGUAUCGCUGGCGUAUCUAUGGAGGAGAGACCAGACUGAGUUGCUGCAGGAAAUGAUUGAUUGCCAAGUACAUGCCAUUAUAAUAAAGGUAGCUGCAUUAGGUUUAGUUCCUGACCGCCAUUUAGGCAAAUCAUUGCGUGAAAUACAACCUCACCUACUCAAAAUGCGUGAUAAGUACGGUUUGAAUGUGUGUGGAGAAGGUGGUGAAUAUGAAACAUUUACUUUAGACUGUCCGCUGUUCAAGCAGCGAAUUGUGGCUGAGGAUGUUCAAACGAUAAUUAGCUCUGCGGACCCCAUAUGUCCGGUGGGAUAUAUUAACUUCACCAAAUUAUCUAUGCAAUCGAAAGAGCCGACCCAGUGCUGUGAUGUUUUUGUGAAAAAAUCUUUGGACUACAUAAGUGACCUAAACGAAUCUACAUACAGUGACCUCAGCGAUCCGGAUCUCAGUGAGACUGAGUUAGAAUUGAUAGAAAAAGAGACACGAUUGCGCGAAUCCCUUAGCCAAAACGAAUUGAUGAUAUCGCGCAGCAAUUCAUUUGGACGCCAUUUGACCACUUCCUCUUCGCCCAUACCGAUUGUGACGAAGAGCGCCAGUGUAGAUGAGCCUCCUACACCGUCGUCAUUACUUUCAUCUUCAGCGGCGCUGUGCGCUGCAUCAAUACAAGCGGCUACCAACAGUUUUGGUGUGCAAUGUCCUUUGGGUAGCAGUACGGCUGCAGUGUGUGGCUCGCUGUCGCUGGGGAUUUCGUCUACCGGUGCCACGGCUGGCAUCUCGGCUGCACAGGCAACACAACCACCGAGUCCAAUGAAAAUUGAACGCGAGUUCCGUCCACUUAAAAAUCGGCCAAUGGCCGCGUUUAAUCAAAAGGGUUGGAUGUGGGUCGCGGGCAUACAAGGUUGCGCUCCAACUUUAGAGGAGGGAAUGCAACUGGCAAUGAAAUCUUUGGUUGACUUAGCUGUCCAGCACAAUUAUGAACUAACUGAUUACUGUUACAUUACUCUUUACAUACGUUCAAUGGCAGACUACAGUCUACUGAAUCGUAUUUAUGGCCAAACCAUUAAUUUCCAAAAUCCUCCAACACGCGUCUGUGUAGAAUGUCCUCUGCCAGAGGAUUGCCAUGUGAUAUUGGAAGCGAUAGCAUUUCGAACACCUGUGCGGCGCCGUCCAACAAUUUCUGGAAACGAAAUAGAUGGCAAUAAUGAUGAACACAAUACUAACAGUGAUUCGGUGUUUAAGCAGCGGCAGACAAUGCAUGUGCAGGGUAUUUCGCAUUGGGCGCCAGCAAAUAUUGGAACCUAUAGUCAAUCAACAAGGGUUGGUGAGAUUACAUAUAUUUCUGGUCAAAUUGCACUCGUUCCUGGAAGCAUGACAAUUAUCGAAGGUGGAAUUCGUCCACAAUGCAAGCUGACUUUGCGACACCUUAGUCGAAUAGCGAAGGCGAUGAAUGCUCAAGGCCAAUUAAGAGAUGUGGUUCAUGGUAUUUGCUUCCUGACUCACCCAUCAUUCAUAGCUGAAGCGCGUCGUCAAUGGGAACGACGUACAACGAACGCAAUAAUGGAUUAUAUUGUUGUACCAGCUUUGCCUCGUGACGCAUUAGUGGAAUGGCAAGUCUGGGCACAUACGCACAAUGAUUGCUUCGAAUAUGAGGAAACUGGCUGCUCUGUAAGCGACUAUACAAUUUCAAUACGACGACGUUGGAACUAUGAAAAUAAUUGCGCCGCAAUUGUUUGUUAUGUGUCUACAGGCUUAGCAUCAUCCACUACCCAACUGACACAAUUGAGCGAGGAUAUACUAAGCAAUCAUUGCCACCUAGCACAAAACCUUAAUGCUGAGAAUCUUGACGAAAUAAUAACGUAUACUGUCAACCGCUUGCUAAAGGGUUAUCCUAUCGCAAAACGAAUAACAGACUCAGCACAAGUCGGCACUGCUAAUACAAAUGACUCGGACCAAAUUUGUGAGACAGACGGUACUGUACAUUCAAGCUCGACCACAAACAACAGCAACCAAAUCAAUGCGAACGCAGGUGGAAAUAAUUUAACUGCCCAUUGCGUACCGGCAAUUCACCUGAAAGUGUUCUACCAAGUAACCGCUGCACCGUCCGUGGAAUUGCUGCUAAAUGCACUCUAUGACUUCCGGCUUAAGUGCCAGGAGACCGCCAACAUUGUAUACACCGUUUUGCCCGCCUGCAGUUUACAUAAUUUUAGUACUUUUCUAUCCAUUUGCGGUGUGCGUCAUGAAUAAAAACGAAUUACACUACAAGACUUAUUGUAAUUUAUAUUUUAUCUACAUAUGUACACUUAGUUAAACAAACUUUCUUAUGCCAUUUACCUCAAUAUUGUUUUUCUCUUUCAAUAAGUGGAAUAAACGACAGCACUAUUUACACAUACAUGUAUAUUUUAGCUUAAAUCAAAAUGAUAUGUUUCAGAGUUGGUGAAACAAUAUGGCAAUGCAAAAUGUAUAGAAUGAAAAAUUUCUAUGCCCACUUUUUCAAAAAAUACUUACAGACAAGGCGAAUCCAAAGAAGGUGAUAACAGUAGCACAAACGGGAAAUUCGCAUUUUUUGUUGCAGCAAUUUGGUGGUUUAAAUGCCAAAACUUCAAUCAGAGUCCAAACAAACAAAUAAAAAACGGAAAACUGUAACAUUAAAGUCAACAAAAAGCAAGAAAAAAAAAUUAGCUGCUCUAGCAACUUAGCCUUAUGUGAACUCGCCUUGCCUGCAAUGAUGAUUUUUUGGCAAUCAAUUAUAACAAAAUUGUUCGACAAUAAGUUUCAAGUUUUUUUUCUAUUUUUAUGCAGAGUCGAAAUUGGCAUUCAAUUAUACCAAAAUUGUUCUUAUUACCGAAUUUCAUUUCAAGUUUUUUUUUCGAUAACGCUUACAGAGUCCUAAUUCCAUACUAAAUAUGUAAUUGGGCGUUUAUUUCUUUAAUCAAAUUGAUUAAAACCGCAUUUUGCCAUAGUUUCCAAUUGAUGUGGAAGUAGUGUAAAAGAUAUUGCAAAAAUCGUUUUUAUGAUUUCUGCUAACCUAACUUUAAUUUAGAAUUUUGUGAAAU